UGUGCGAGACGGUAGAGCCUUCUGGAUGUCUCUCAAACACCAAACAAAAAUGAAAAACCACAAAAUUUUCAAAACAAAAAGAGGAACAGGAAUUUGAAAUUCUUCUUCUUUCUCAGUAUGGAUCCGGACACAGCAUUAGAGCAGGGCGUUACACUUCUCCUCCUCGAUGUUCCUCAAUACACUCUCCUCGGCAUCGAUACUCAGAUGUUUUCUGUUGGUCCUGCUUUUAAGGGCAUCAAGAUGAUUCCUCCUGCUUCUCAUUUUCUUUAUUAUAGUUCUUCCACCAGAGAUGGCAAGGAUUUCUCACCAAUUAUUGGUUUCUUUAUCCACGCUGCUCCUUCUGAGGUAAUUGUUCGUAGGUGGGAUCAACAACAGGAAAGAUUGGUCAAAGUAUCCGAGGAAGAGGAAGAGAGAUAUUGUCAAGCAGUUAAAAGUUUGGAGUUUGACAGACAACUUGGUCCUUACAAUCUAAGCCAGUAUGGAGAUUGGAAGCAUUUAUCAAAUUACAUUACAAAGAGCAUUAUUGAACGGAUUGAACCCAUUGGAGGAGAAAUCACUGUUGCAUGUGAAUCAGGGAUAGUUACAAACGCUCCUAAAACAACAAUGGAGAAAGCACUAGAUGAGCAGAUGAAGUCCAGUAAGUUCUUAAUAUCAUUGGACAAUCCUCAGAGCAGAAGAUGUUACUAUACAUCAAUUCCCCGUGUUAUCAAACAAAAAGGAAUACAUGGGCAAGAACUUACUUCCCUGAAUAUUGACAAGACACAAUUGUUAGAAAGUUUGCUGAUAAAGGAUUAUGGAGGUUCUGAAGAUGUACUUCUUGGAGAGCUGCAAUUUGCAUUUAUUGCAUUUUUGAUGGGACAAUCACUUGAAGGAUUUCUACAGUGGAAAGCUUUGGUUAACCUUUUAUUUGGAUGUAUUGAAGCUCCUUUUCGUACAAGGACUCAACUAUUCACAAAGUUCAUUAAGGUUAUCUACUAUCAAUUGAAAUUUGGGCUUGAGAAAGAUCAUACAAAUACCAGUGGUGCAGCAACAGGGGUAUCCGCACUAUUGGAUGAUUCAUGGUUAUCUGCUGAUAGCUUUUUGCACCAUCUUUGCAAGGACUUCUUUUCAUUGAUGCUAGAUGCCUCGUCUGUUGAUGGACAUCUGCUGUCAUGGACGAGGAAACUUAAAGAGCUGCUUGAGAACAAUCUAGGGUGGGAGUUUCAGCUAAACAGUGCAGGUGAUGGAAUAUACUUUGAAGAAGAUGAUGAGUUUGCUCCAGUAGUAGAGAUGUUGGAUGACCCAAGUUAUAACUAACUUUGGCAAUUGAAGAUAGGGAUUGUGGUCCUAACUUGAUUUACAAUAUUUCACUUUCUUGCCAAUUUUUAAGGCUUUUUUUUUUUUUUUUCACACCAGUGUAGAAGUUAUGAAUAUUCUUGUAUAUUAUGAUAAAAAAGACCUGGUAUUUAUAUGAAUGAUGUAAUAGACUCUUUAGAAUAA